AUGAAGAUUUUCAUACUUGUCGCCAUCAUUUCCUGUGCUUUUGCUGAAGACAUCUUCAGUCAAAAUGAAUUCUUACCAAUUGAUGCAUCAUCAAUCAUCCCAGUCAGUGAAUUUCCUGGAUUUUGGGAAGGAACCGAGUUCCCAAAAGCAUUUUACACGCCAAAUCCACGAGCACCAAGAAUUGUUGGUGGAACUGAAGCUCCAGCAAAUUCACAUCCUUAUCAAUUAGCUCUUCAUGUCACUCGCUUAGCUGGAACUGGAUUGUGUGGUGGUUCGAUCUUAUCAGCUACUUCAGUCCUUACUGCUGCACAUUGUAUUGGUGGAACAACUACAACUUUAGUCAUUGCCGGUGCCCAUAACCGAAAUAUCGUUGAAGCAACUCAACAAAGACGAACAGUACUUCCUGAAAACUAUCGUGUUCAUCCACUCUUCAAUCCAAGCAACUUCAACAAUAACAUCGCUGUCUUGUUCGGUCUUCAAGCUUUUGAUUUUAAUGUCAAUGUCCAGCCAACCAGACUUCCAACAGCCUUUGCUAAUGAACUUUUUGUCACUGAAGUUGCAACCGCCACUGGAUGGGGUCGUACUACAGUCACUGGACUUGAAUCAGCAGUCCUCAGACGUUCAACAAAUGCAGUCAUUACAAAUGCAGCCUGCUCAAGCAUCUAUGGACCAUCAAUUGUCCCUGCAACAGUUUUAUGUACGGAAACUUUAGCUGGUUUAGGUGCACAAGGUGCUUGUCAUGGUGAUGAUGGCGGUGUUUUGUCAGUUCCACGUGCUGGUGAUACCAGACCUAUUCAAAUUGGAGUUACAAGCUAUUACGCUGCUGCUGGAUGUGUUAUUGGAUAUCCAAUUGGAUAUACAAGAGUUACGAGCUUCUUGACAUGGUUGCAGGCUAAUAUGUAA